AUGAGCGAAUUCGACGUAGUGAUCAUCGGUACCGGCUGGAGCGGCCUCUCCGCAGCCCGCGUCUUGCAGGCGAAGGGGAAGAAGGUCCUAGUGCUCGAGGCGCAGGACCGUCGGGGCGGACGCGCGCUCUCGAAGACCAUCGAUGGGAUGAUCGUGGACGUUGGGUGCAGCAUGAUACACGGGUAUGACAAGGGGAACCCGGCGAGGGAGAUCGCGGAGGAGUUCGGCGCGGACGUGCAAGUGCUACAGGGAUCUAUGCCGCGCUUAAUCGCUCACGGGGAGGGCACGCAGACCCUCGAGGCUGGCGCUGUGGUCGCCGAGGCGGGAAAAGCCGGUGCAGGCGGCAUCGACCUGUCUCAGGUCGAUCGCGCCACCGUGUCGAACACCAAGUCCCUCUAUGAUCACUUCGCCUCCCACUCCCCUCCAAAGGACGCCCUCGCGUUCUUGCGUCUCAACGAGCUUGGUCCGGGCAUCCCCCUCGAGACGAUCUCGCUCAAGUACUGGAAGUACGAGCGGAAUCUUGCUGGUGUGGAUGCUGCGCCGGUGAAGGGAUACGCGUCACUGGUGGAGGAUAUUUGGAAGAGUGUGGAGAGCGCAGCCACGAACCCGGUCAAAGUGAUCUUGAACGCGGAAGUGACAGCGCUUGAAUAUCUUGUGGCGGCCGGCACGGUGAAGGUGACAACGAAGGACCCGCGCGACUCCGCCUCGGCCCCCACCACGUAUACCGUCCCCAUUGUCCUGAGCACCAUCCCCCUCGGCGUCCUCAAGGAGAGAGCGCUAACAUCCUUCUUCUCCCCGACCCUCCCACCCUCCACCCUCGGCGCCCUCUCGCGCUCCAGAUCCGGCGACCUCAACAAGAUCUACCUCUCUUACCCCUCCGUCUGGUGGCCCGGAGGUGACGAGAAGUUUGUCCUCCUCGGCCCCUCCACGCCCAUCCCCUCCCCUUCCUCCCUCGCCUCCCCGGACGACAUCUGGGCGCACACGACGCUCAUCGCCGAGAACGUCGCCGCGUCGAUUUCCUCCCGCGCGAGCACUGCGAACAAGGCGGUCCUCCUGUUCAUGGUCGGCGCGAACGCCGCGCAGGCGCUCGAGCGAUUCACGGACGCGGAGAUCCAGGCCUCGCUGCAUGCCUUCCUUGUCCGCAAGCUCGGUGGGCCAGGGACUACGGCGCCGACGCCGUCGUCGAUCUUGGUGACGCGCUGGCGGGCGGACCCGUGGGCGCGGGGCGCGGCCUCAACGCCUGUAACGGUGGAUAACGAUGGCCCAUUGGACUUCAUCGAGCUCAGCCGCUCGGUCUGGGAUGAUCAUCUGUUCUUCGGUGGCGAGCAUACAGAGCUGGACCACCAUGGCAGUGUGCCAGGGGCGAUCUUGAGUGGAGAAAGGGAGGCGAACAAGAUUCUGACCGCAUUCAAGGCGAGGCAGUAG